AUGAACUCGGAGCAGAACACGACUCCACAGGCCGGCCCUCUUGUUGGAAUCACCAGCAGUGGUGGCCACGGGUCCCCUCCCAGUAGGUCUAGCGGCGCUGGCUUCAGAUCCCACCGGGAACGUGAGUAUCUAUCAGCAAGACUGAGACGGGCAAAUCGCUGUAUCGACCAUCUCAUGGCGAGGGAAAGGGAAUACCAUCGAGAGUUUGAAUCGCUAGAGCAAAGCCUGGAAGACGCCGAGCAUGACAACUCAUCUCUCAAAACUCGCCUGCGUCAGGUCACUGAGGACAACGGAGCAAAGACUGGUUAUCUCAGGAUAGCAGAAAAGAAGCUUGCAACUUCACAACACCAGUUACAAGAGACACGUCGUGACAACGCCAGACUGCAGGCGGAAGUCCGAGUGGCACAAGAUGCCGUUUUGCGUGCCACGGAAAAGAAAGAAGCCCACCCUAUGGAAGACAGAGAGGUCCGUGACAAAUUUGUGGUCCUCGAAGAAAGGCUCAGAAGAUGGGCCAGGAACUAUACGGUGGACGAUAUAGGGAAACUGCAUUCGGCGUCGACCAAUGAGAUGAACCGAAUCAUAUCCCAACUGGAUGGAUACUGCAUCCAGGAAGAUUGGUCGAAACUGCAGUCUCGCCUCUCAUCUCUCAAGAAGAAAAUACCUUUCAUGCUCUCGCAGGCGGUACUAGCACAAUCCAUAUUCAAAGAUAUAUUCGGCUGCGCGUUCUUUGUGUUCCCAACCUCGCCAGCAUAUUGUAACACCCCGAGUCUUGGACAGAUGGACGGCCUAUACCAAACCCUACGAAAAUGUGCAGACGAACCUGCAAGCCAUGCGUGGCGCUCUCAGAUGCUUUCAAUGUUGAGUAAAUGCGAAAACAAAUCCAGCGGGCAGCCAUUUAUUGAGGAUGCAUUACAUGAAGUGGUCACCCGCCUCGUCAACAAAGUCCUCGACGGGCCUCUUCAUGUUUUGUUGAAGCCGCUAGCCGGGGAAGCCCAAAUUACCAAACGCACUGAGGAUCUACGUGGUCUCAUCCAUGGCGCAGGACAGUUUUCAUUCCGCCUAUGGUCGCAACGUACUUUCAUGACUUGUGCUGGCCUAGAUGAACUUGAAAGGUUUUCGUCAGGCGGCGCUUUCAUGUCCGCUCACCGUCUCCAUCGUCUUGAGGAGGAUGAUGACAAGUUGGACGGUAGCAGUAUUGUCAUCCUUACCCACCCUUUGGUUCUAGCAUGGGAGGAUGAAAAUGCCGAGAACUACGACCAACACAAGGUCUGGGGCAAGGCUAUUGCCUGCGUGGAGGAUCAUGCGUCUAACUAG